GGGCCUGAGUCACGGGCCGCCACCCUGGGUCUGCGAGCUGGAGGCGGGAUUCUGGACACCUGCGUUCUCCAGGGCUGCCAGGCGGGCAGGGCUGAGGAACCCUGGUGACAGAGAGCAAAGGGCCAGGGGUUCGGGCGAGAAGAGGGCAGUCCGGGAGUCGAGUCCCACGCCGGCGCUCCCCGCCCUCACCUCAAGACGACCAUGGCCACCAUCCCAGACUGGAAGCUCCAGCUGCUAGCCCGGCGCCGGCAGGAGGAGGCAUGCGUUCGUGGCCGGGAAAAGGCAGAGCGGGAGCGCCUGUCCCAGAUGCCAGCCUGGAAGCGGGGGCUCCUGGAGCGCCGCCGGGCCAAGUUUGGACUGUCCCCUGGUGAGCCUAGCCCUGUGCCCGGGACUGCAGAGGCUGGACCUCCAGACCCAGAUGAGUCUGCCGUCCUUCUGGAGGCCAUCGGGCCAGUGCACCAGAACCGAUUCAUCCGGCAGGAACGGCAGCAGCAGCAGCAGCAGCAGCAGCAGCAGCAACGGAGUGAAGAACUACUUGCAGAGAGAAAGCCUGGGCCUCUGGAGGCCAGGGAGCGUAGAGCCAGCCCUGGGGAGAUGCGGGAUCAGAGCCCCAAGGGAAGAGAGUCAAGAGAAGAGAGGCUAAGUCCCAGGGAGACCAGAGAGAAGAGGCUGGGGAUAGGGGGAGCCCAAGAGUCCAACCCCAGGCCUAUGGAGGUUCUGGACAGGAGGCAAAGCCCAGGAGAGGUGGGAGACAGGAGCUCCUGGCUGUCAGAGACACGGAAAUGGAGGCUGAACCCUGGAGAAACUCCAGAGCGGAGUCCAAGACUGGCAGAGCCUCGAGAACAAAGCCCCAGGAUAAAAGAGGUGGGGGAAAGUAGACUGAGCCCAGGGGAAUCUGGCAACCAGAAGUUGGGCCUGACAGAGGCCCAGCAGUGGAGGCCUGACUCUAGAGAAUCUCAGGAACAGAGUUUGGUACAAUUGGAGCCAACAGAGUGGAGGCUGAGCUCAGGAGAAGAAAGAAAAGACUACCUGGAGAAAUGUGGGAGAAAAGAAGAGAGGCCAAUUCUAGGGAUGGCCCCAGAAGAGAUUAUAGUGCUGUCAGAGACUCCAGCAAGGGAGGCUGAAGGCAACAGUGCAGGGGGAGUGGAGGCAGCAGAGCCGAGGCCCAGCCCUGUGGAGGAUGGCGACAGGAACUCGAGGCCAACAGAAGGGUGGAAAUGGACCCUGAACUCUGGGAAGGCUCGAGAAUGGACACCCAGGGACAUAGAGACUCAAACUCAGAAACCAGAACCUCCAGAGUUGGCUGAGAAGCGUCUGGGGCCUUCUGGUGUAGAGGCUGGAGAAGGGGAGGCUGAGAAGGAGGAGGGGGACGCUCAGGGCAGGCCUCUGAGAACCCUGCUGAACCGCUACUCUGUGCCCUCCCCGCUCUCACCAGAGGAUGCUGGGACUGGAGGCCCAAGACAGCAGGAAGAGGAAGCAGUGGAACUGCGGCCCCCACCACCAGCCCCUCUCUCUCCCCCACCCCCAGCCGUCCCCCAGGCCCCUGUGGAUCCCCUCAUGAGCCGACUGUUCUAUGGGGUGAAGGCAGGGCCAGGGGUGGGGGCCCCCCGCCGCAGUGGACAUACUUUCACAGUCAACCCCCGGCGGUCUGUGCCCCCUGCAACCCCAGCCACUCCAGCCACCCCAGCCACAGCUAAUCCUGCAGUCCCUGGGGCUGGGAAGAAGCGGUACCCCACUGCUGAGGAGAUCUUGGUUCUGGGGGGCUACCUCCGUCUCAGCCGCAGCUGCCUUGUCAAGGGGUCCCCCGAAAGACAUCACAAACAGCUCAAGAUCUCCUUCAGCGAGACAGCCCUGGAGACCACGUACCAAUACCCCUCUGAGAGUUCGGUACUGGAGGAGCUGGGCCCGGAGCCUGAGGUCCCCAGUGCCUCCAAUGCCCCAGCGGCCCAACCCGACGACGAGGAGGAUGAGGAGGAGCUGCUGCUGCUGCAGCCGGAGCUCCAGGGCGGGCUGCGCACCAAGGCCCUGCUAGUGGAUGAGUCCUGCCGGCGGUGACCUUCCAACCUUGGGACAUACCUCCCUCCUUCCUAGAACUGAAGAUCCUGGAGCCCAGAAGAUUCAGGGCAGAUAGAUCCUUAAAAUCAGCCUGGCAACCAACAUCUUCCAACUUGCUUUCCCAUCCUGUUUCUGGGGGCAGAGCCAGUUGCCCAAUUUCCACCCUAACCCAAGGUCCCUGGUGUGGGUGGGGUUGCAUCCUAAUUGAUACAAGAGUGAGUACCAAGUCCUGGGGAGGAGCACAGAACUCACUGGAGGUGGAGAUGGAAUACCUCCCAUCUCCAUGGCAAGGUACACUCUCCCCACAGCCUUCCUUGACUCCCCACCAUCCCGUGGGGACUCUCAGGAUUGAAGUACUCGUCUCUGUGGAAGGCUGAGACCCCAUUCCAUUUACAAGUGCUUCCUCCUGUUCUCUAGGUCAUUGCCCCUUUGUUUACAGCUCCUGCCUCCUCUCUUGGCCACAGCCUGGUUUACAAAUCCCUGCCCCAGCCCCACCUGCCAGAGUCCUAGGUUUACAAGCCACACUUACUCGCUGUGUCUGCAUGGAAUCCUCUCCCCUGUCCCCUCCAGACCUGGGGAUGUGGCUUCCUCCAUUUUUGCUCAGUAUUACUUUGCUUCAGUUUCCCCAAGAGGGAAGGCUGAGGAUCUUAACUCUGUGCCCCAGGAUAGUUAUUUAAUUCUGCUCCUCCUAGUGGUUCACAAUUAAAUUGGGGUGGUAUGAGGUGAUUAAGAAGGCACCUCAGUUUCCUCCCUCGUUGCACCUUCUUCAUCAAUUGCCUGUUUUGUUUUGUUUGUUUUUUAACUCUCCACAAUAAAAUGGAGCUCUCUCCAA